CACACGACGUCACGGGAUUCGUUCGGAGAAGAAAGUGAGGUCCGUGCACCAAAACUUCAACAUCAGGCUGCGCAAGGCUUCAAAAAAUCACCACCUCCCUGAACAAUGAUAAAUCGAUAGCAACUCGAGACUUGAGACUUUGACACCUUCACGAUGUCCGUCUCAACUCUCGCCUCCUUCGAGUACCUGGAGAGGCUUCCAGGUACCACCUUCAGACGACUGUAUCAGCAGCCAUCAACGGCUCUGGCCAUCUUCCGUCGCAUGCUACCUCACCUUGCAAAGACUUUUGUUAUGGCAUUACUAUAUAUGAGCAAGCCAAUGCCCCUGCCCGACCUUGAUCUUUGGGUAAACCCGAAUAGCAAAAGAGAACGAGACAACGCACUUCAAUUGCUAUCACGACUCCACAUAAUUACAGUUACCGCGCCUAGUCGAGAUGAUCCCCAGACAAUUACCUUGACGAAGAACUUCACAGAGUCUCUACGGCUCGCACUCACCGGAGGUGGUGACCAUAACUCCUUCGGCGUACCCUCGAACGAUUCAGUAGCAGAAAAUGUGGAUCUUGCCUUCCUCGAUGAAUAUGCCAGAGAUCAGUGGGAAGGUAUAUUACAUUACGUUGUCAACAGUGUUGGGGAGGCGAUGCGAGGAGGUGGUCAGGGACCUACAGAUGCGGUGAAGAAGCUAUUAGAGGCUGGGAAGCUGGUUACCACAGGGAGACAUUCGGGCAAGGGAAUCACACAAGCUGGAUUUUCGUUUCUUUUGCAGGAGGUUAAUGCCCAGGUCUGGACAUUACUGCUUCUCUGGAUCGAGAAUGCCGAGAAGAUGGAACUGGAUUCUGUCGAGGUUCUUUCCUUCCUCUUCAUGCUUGGAUCCCUUGAGCUCGGCCGUGCAUACAGCAAAGACACUCUCACGGACUCUCAACGACAGAUGCUUCCAUAUCUGAUAGACUUCGGCCUGGUCUACAUCCCUCGUCCAAGUUCCGGUCACUUCUUCCCAACUCGCCUUGCUACAACCCUCACUUCCGAUGCCAGUGCUCUAAGAAGCGUUUCGGCUGGCUUUGAUGCCGCAUCCAGUGCAGCCGGUGGUGCAAAGGGUUUCAUUAUUAUUGAAACUAAUUAUCGGCUCUACGCGUAUACGAACUCGCCAUUACAAAUCGCCGUACUGUCUCUAUUCACGAGACUCAAGGCUCGAUUUCCGAAUAUGGUCUCUGGGCGAGUGACUCGAAAGUCUGUCGGUAAUGCUAUCUCUCACGGCAUUACAUCCGAUCAAAUCAUCACAUAUCUCUCUACACAUGCACAUCCACAGCUAGUGAAAAGCUCGGCUCUCCACGGAGGACCAGUUCUACCGCCGACGGUUGUGGAUCAAAUAAGACUGUGGCAGAUUGAAAACGAAAGAAUGAAGGCUACACCCGGUUUCCUCUUCAAGGAUUUUGAGAACGCGAAGGAGUAUGAAGGGUGUGUGAGGUACGCCGAUGAGAUUGGGGUGCUGAUCUGGAGGAACGACGUGAAGAGGAUGUUCUUCGUCACGAGGGUUGAGCAGUUGAGAGAUUAUAUCAAGAGCAAGAAGAUAAAGUAGGCGGAGUACCUAGUCGGUUUGGUACUCGGUAAGGCCAGACCGUUUCCAGCAUCAGAUGAUUGGUUAUUUGGAAGUCUGUGGGGAAGUGCAUGGCGCGGCGUUGGGCUUGGAGGAGAAAUUAUUUCAUGGUUCCCUGACCCUUGGGCAGACAUAGGCUUUGUAGCCUUUCAAGGGAAGUGGAUACAAUUCACAAGGAUAUGACUCUUCUCCCAAGGGCCCCACAGGUCAUCCCAAGUCGGGUAUGAAGAGAGUUGAAAAGACACAGCCCGGCGGCUGUGGCAACAUGUUUCCGCUCUUUCUGCCACUUCUGGGCUCGAUUUGAACCCUUAAAACUCUGGGUCCCGGUCUAGAUCAAUCGUGGGACUGGGUCUCGGGCCACGCCUUUAGCUGUAGUUUAUUGUAAGGCAUUCUUGGGCCUCAACACCGAGU